AGGAGGAGGAGGGAGGCGCGGUGAAGCAGGCGAGGCCUGCGCGCCGGAAGUGAGCGCCGACUGCGGGGAGAGGAAAAAUCCCGGCCGGUGGAGGGGCUCACCGACGCUUGCAGUGGCUGAGGUCGCGCCGACGGAGCGCGCGCUGAGAGGCAUCUCGCGCGGGGAGGAACCUUCGUCUGGCUCUGCUUCCAGAGCGAGCGAGAGCAGCGCAGCUACAGCGGGAAGGGAAGCGAAGGAAAGGGAAGCAAGCAGCCUACUCCGCCACUCAAGCCAGCGGCCGCCGGCAGCAACAAGGGCGUUGAGGGAGGAGGAGCGCCGCCGCCGUUGCAAUGGAGCAGUUCUCAGAUGAAGAACUUGAUCAUGGUGCAGAAGAAGAUAGUGAUAAAGAAGAUCAGGAUCUGGAUAAGAUGUUCGGAGCUUGGCUUGGAGAGUUAGAUAAACUCACACAGAGUUUGGAUACAGACAAGCCUAUGGAACCAGUAAAAAGAUCCCCUCUUCGGCAGGAUGCUAAUAUUGCCAACUUCUCUUAUCGCUUUUCCAUGUACAACCUGAAUGAAGCCUUGAACCAAGGUGAGACUGUAGAUCUUGAUGCUCUUAUGGCAGAUCUUUGUUCCAUAGAGCAGGAGCUCAGUAGCAUUGGAUCACAGUCCACCAACAGCGUAUCAAUGAAAUGUUUUCCCAUAGAAGGGAAAAUGACCCAGAAACCAUCAAGUGGUAACCGACUUCCUUCCAAGCAUGGUAGCAUGAAAGGAUUAUCUUCAUCUAGUCAAGUAACAAAGCCUUCACAUGCUGUCUUCUCUCUGGAUGACAUUACUGCACAGCUAGAGAAAGCAUCUCUAAGUAUGGAUGAAGCAGCUCAGCAAUCUAUAAUUGAAGAUAGCAAGCCUGUAGUUGCUAUUCAGCAUAGGAGGACAGCAUCAGCUGGAACUGUGAGUGAUGCUGAAGUCCAUUCUAUCAGUAAUUUCUCCCGAUCUAGUAUCACAUCUGCAGCAUCCAGUAUGGACUCCCUGGACGUUGACAAGAUGACAAGACCUCAAGAGUUGGAGUUGACUUCCCACAGGCAGCCCAUCAGUGAGCACUCCUAUUUGGACAGGGAAACCUCCCUCCUUCUGAGAAACAUUGCAGGAAAGCCUUCUCAUUUGCUGACCAAGGAAGAACAGGCUGCCAAAUUGAAGGCUGAAAAGAUCAGGGUUGCUUUAGAGAAGAUUAAAGAAGCACAAGUUAAAAAGCUUGUGAUAAGAGUCCACAUGUCUGAUGACAGCUCAAAGACAAUGAUGGUAGAUGAACGACAGACUGUAAGACAAGUGUUAGACAACUUGAUGGACAAAUCACAUUGUGGAUUUAGCUUAGACUGGUCCUUGGUAGAAACAAUCUCUGAAUUACAAAUGGAGAGGAUUUUUGAAGACCAUGAAAAUUUAGUUGAAAACCUCCUGAACUGGACAAGAGAUAGUCAAAACAAACUGAUGUUUGUUGAACGUAUUGAAAAAUAUGCCCUUUUUAAAAAUCCCCAAAAUUAUCUUCUUGGGAAAAGAGAAACCUCUGAAAUGGCAGACAGGAACAAGGAAGUACUACUGGAGGAGUGUUUUUGUGGAAGCUCAGUAACAGUGCCAGAAAUCGAAGGAGUCCUGUGGCUGAAAGAUGAUGGUAAAAAAUCUUGGAAGAAGCGUUACUUUCUUCUGCGAGCUUCUGGAAUCUACUAUGUUCCAAAAGGAAAAGCAAAGGUCUCACGAGAUCUUGUGUGCUUUCUUCAAUUGGAUCAUGUUAAUGUUUACUAUGGACAAGAUUAUCGCAACAAGUACAAAGCUCCUACAGACUAUUGUCUGGUACUAAAGCAUCCCCAAAUUCAGAAGAAAUCUCAAUAUAUUAAGUAUUUAUGUUGUGAUGAUAUCAGAACCCUUCAUCAGUGGAUAAAUGGCAUCCGUAUUGCUAAGUAUGGGAAGCAAUUAUAUAUAAACUAUCAAGAAGCUCUGAAAAGGACAGAAUCAGCAUAUGAUUGGACAUCCCUGUCAAGUUCCAGUAUUAAGUCUGGAUCCAGCUCAUCUAGUUUACCAGAAUCUCAGUCCAACCAUUCAAAUCAGUCUGACAGUGGAGUUUCAGACACUCAAACAGGACAUGUCCGUUCCCAAAGUAUUGUUAGCUCCAUCUUUUCAGAAGCUUGGAAGAGGGGAACUCAGUUGGAAGAAUCUAGCAAGAUCAACGCUCGAAUGGACUCAAUAAACCGACCUUUCACUUCACUUGUAUCACCUUUAUCUCCACAAACUAAAAUAGCUACUCCAUAUUCAGCAUCACAACCAUCACCUCCCCUUCCACCUCCUCCACCUCCCCCACCUCCACCCCCACCUCCUCCACCUCCACCUCCUCCACCUCUUCCUGGUCAGUCUGUGCCAUCUGGAACCAGCUCAGCAACAGUGUUUGUGAAAUAUAGCACUAUAGCAAGACUACAGAAUGCCUCUCAGCAUGGUGGGCUUCUCUACAAAUCACCUAUCACAAUACAGCAGCCACCAUCCCCACUCCCGCCUCCAGGAAUACCUCAGAAUUUAGUACCUCCAAAUGGUAUAGUCCCACCCCCGCCUCCUCCACCUCCUCCCCCUACCCCAGGAUCAGCAAUGGCACAGCUCAUGAAACCUGUGCCUUCCAACCCAUCAGUACCACUAUUCACACAGCCACCUCCUCCUGCUCCCGCUCUCAAAAUUCAUCAAGUUCACCACAACAUUGUUCAAUCUGCAAUUUUGCCACCUCCACCACCUUCAGGGCCAGCAUCACCACUGCCACAAGCUCCUCCUAAGCCUACUAUGACUCUCCCUACACAAAACAGUGCAAAAUCUAUCUCGGUAGUCAUGACACAUCCAGUACCGCCGCUUCCUGUUCCUUCAGCAGUAAAGAAGCAGCCAAGUUUAACCACCCCACAAAUUCCAUUGUCUCCUGCCUCACUAGGUCCGUCUCCUCCACCUACUCUGCCAAAGCAACAGAAUCACUCUAGUAAGCUUCCUCCCUCUCCACAAUCUCCUGUGCCAUCCUUUGUGAAGCAAAUAGCCAGCCAGUUUCCCCCUCCUCCCAUGCCAGCUUCAGAGCCCCAGCCUUUAAAACCUGUCCCUCUGAGUGUACCACCUCAAUCUCCUCCAGCUGUAAAAGCCAAGCCAAAAUGGCAGCCAACCUCUGCUCCAUCCCCUGAUUUUCCCCCUCCACCCCCUGAAAGUAGCCUAGCAUUUCCUCCUCCACCUUCUCCUUCUUCUCCAUUGAUAGUAUCCCCUACACCAGAUAAGUCAGGAAGUUCUCCAGUCAAAAAAGGUAGUAAGACUUCCAGUCCAGGAGGAAAAAAGCCGCCUCCUACACCUCAGCGCAAUUCCAGUAUAAAAUCAAAUAGUUCAAUUGAGUCCAGUGAACCUAAGAGACCUUCAGUGGAUGUCUUAGUUAGCAAAUUUGCACAUCCCCCAGAGCCCUCGGGAUCUCCUGGUAAGGAAUCCCCAAUUCCACCAGCUGCUCCUCCAAAGCCAGGAAAGCUCUGCCUGCCUAUCGUUCUUCAGCAGGCAGGUAUUUCAACAAAAGCACCUGCCACAGGAGCACUAGGCAAGGGUGCUGCCGAGGAAUUUCCUUCUCCUCCAUCAGAUUCAGACUUUCCCCCUCCACCACCAGAAAUCGAUCUUCCUUUACCUCCCGUAGAAAUUCCUGCUGUCUUUUCAGGCAAUACCUCACCAAAGGUUGCUGUCGUCAAUCCCCAACCUCAGCUGUGGUCUAAGUCAUCUGGGAAGAAAGCUCCCCCUCCAACACGUCCCAAACGCAAUGACAGCACCCGUCUCACACAAGCAGAAAUGGUGGAGUCGCAGGUUGUUGUCAGUGCACAAGUGCCCACCUCACCCAAGUCCGGCCUUAGUGUUCAGCCUGGUUUUCUGGCUGAUUUGAAUAGGACUCUGCAGCGUAAGUCCAUCACUCGACAUAGCUCCCUGUCCUCUGCCCGGAUGUCCAGAGCUGAGCCAACUGCUACAAUGGAUGACAUGGCCUUGCCCCCACCCCCACCAGAACUUCUGACAGACAAGCAGAAGACCAGCAACUUUGGAGGUAGUCAUAUAUUAGGCUAUGCAACCUUACGUAGGGGCCCACCUCCAGCACCUCCAAAGAGGGAUCAAAACACCAAACUGUCCAGGGACUGGUGAUAUUUAGGAGACCUUUGCAUUGCCAGCAAACCCUAAGCGGGACACAUCUGGUACUGAGACGCCUCACCUUAAUAGCUGUGAACUGAAGAAGUCUGUUUUAACAGUAGCCGCGGGUAGUGACUACAUCCACUUCCAGAAACAGUCCCUAAAGCUUUGCUUAUUUGUGUUCUAUGUAUUGGGAUGAAGGAUGGAAUGACUACUACUUCAAAGUUCAAAUACUUCAUAAGGAUUGGACCAAAAUCUUUAACAAUAUUUUUCCUGCUGUUCAGGAAAUAACUGUUGUUUGUCAGUGUGGGACAUGUGGGUGCAUGUAUUAUAAAUGUAGGUAUAUAAUAUAUUGUGAAAUAUUUUGUUGGAAUUGUAGAGGCUCACCAGAAUGUUUUUGUACAUCUGUAAUUGUUUCAGUCAACUGAGUUUUUUAUCAGAAAUUGGAUGAUGUGUUAGAAAAGCCAUUUUUUUUUUUUUGGAAACAAAGAUGUUGGGGCACCUUAGAUCAUUGGAAAAUGUUGGUGACGGGUAUGCAGGGCUGAUAAAUUCUGUCAGUCUCUGCGCAGAAUUAAUUGAUUGAAAAAAUUUGGACAUAGUCUACCAAAACAUGCUGGUUGUAAUACUACCGAAUAGAAAUCCAUAUAGAGAAAAAGAAAAAUGCUGUACAGUGGGGCUGAAGUUUAAGAUGUUGGAUAAUAAAGGCAUUCUGUUCUAGAAUUCUUAAGGGGGGUAAGUCCUUUAAAAUACAUCAGAACUUUCUCCUGAAUAAACACCGGUAGGAUUGGGCUUAAACAUAAUGUUCUAGUAACAUAUUCUAAAGAGGAAUGUGUAAGGAAUUGAACAUAUUAGAAUGUUGUGCAUUAGAAACCAGAUCAUCAUUCCCCAAACUCUCAGUGGGAUUAUUUGGACUGGUAAUCCUCUAUUUAAAUUAACAUUUAAUUCACUGUCACAUAUAUGUCUGUUUUGGUUAAGUGAAAAUAGUGUAUCAUCAAAUUACAAGUUUACAUAUAGGGGGUGCAACUCUCUCUUUCCCCCCUCCCCUCCUCGUUCUCUCUUCAGAAUAAAAUCUAAUCAGACAAACAUUACAAACUCUUAAAAGGAAAAUUCUUUAUGAACACUCAAAAGCAGUAAAUAGUGAGGAUGCUAUAGCUUAAAAGAACAUGGCAGAUGAACACCAUCAGGUAACAGCUUAAAUCAAAAGAAAGUAUCUGAGGAAGCAACUAUAAAAUUGUAUUGAAAGGAUAGUAGUGUGCAUUUUGGUAUAAAAACUAAACUCUAAGAGAAGCAUUGGUUUCACCCAUCCCACAAUUUAUGGCCUUUAAGUGAAAUAGCUCUUCUUCCACUAAGAUUCGUGGGUAAGUCAAAUGCUAAUUACAGAACCACUGUUUUAACCAGAAAUAUCCUAGAAUGUAUAAAACAACUUAAAAUAACUACUGUGCAUGUGCUGUGCAACACAGGAGAUUGUAAAAAUGUCUUUUAAAAUUGGCAGUUGUAAACUGAUAGUUCAUGAAGAUAUCAUCACUGAGUUACUAGUUUGGAUUUGAGUUUGAACCCUCAAAGGUUAGCAGUCUCAUCCAGCUAUGGAUGUAGCAACCAGAUAUUACUUCUGAAGAUUAGACAUUUAAAAUGACUAAACACAUACAACACACCUGGACUUCUGUUAGAAUUAUUACAAAAGGAUUCGUUACAGAGUAUUUGUUCUAGAAAGAAGUAAAAAGUGAUCUUUUUUUCCUUUGUAGAACUUGGGUCAUAAAUAAUUAACAACAGAAAAGUGGUGCUAUGUCAUCGGAUGCUUGAAUUAUAGUAGAUGAUUUGCUCUGCCCCAGAUGUAUCCUGGGCAUAUUUUUCCUAUUUGACAAUAUUUUAUCUGAGCAAUAAUAAUAUACCAUUUUGUGCAUUUUUAAAGUACUGCUAUUUAGAAGGCACUUUUUCUUUUUGUAUCUUUCAAAGUGUUUGGGAUUACAAAGUGUCCUUAACAAUUAACCACAUUUGCAUUAGUGUACUUUAACACAUAUUUGGUUUGUCUUAUGGUAUGGUCUUUAUUUUUUAAUUUUGCUUUGCGAAUGCAUUGGUGCUCUGCCUUUUUAUUCCCGUUGGUUGCUGCUGCUGCUGCCGCCGCCGCCACUGCUUGAUGGCUCUGGGACAGGUCUAAUUUUGUGAAUAUGAAACAGAGAGAAUUUCUGUGGGACAGUUUGUUCACUGUUUCUUUGGAGACAGGCAAUGAAGUACUGCCUGAAUUCACUAAUUGUUAACAAAAUAUUGUCAUAUGCAAAAAAAUAAGCAGUACCUGCCUAUGACCCCCCCCCCCAAUUGUACUAGUUAAAUAUCUGAAGCCAUCAAAUUAAAUUAUGUGCCCCAAGGAAGACAAAUUCUGUCUGAUAGAGAAUUUGACCUGGGCAGCAGCAGCAGCACAGGGAUGCCUUUUUCCAGACUUGGUCUUUUAAAAAGAAUAUUAAUAUAGAACUUUCUUUCCUGGUUGCUCCCAUUUUGCAGGUAGGUUUCUACACUUUCUCUAAGGAUUACCAACAUAAUGGUCUCUUUACCUACUUUCUUUGCUCCUUUUGGUUAACUUCCUCUGGCUUUAGGACAUCCCUGUUUCUGCCCUUGCACCUCUUCCUUUUUCAACCCUUCUCACGGGCCUUUGGUUAAGUAUCUGAGAAGCAUCACAGAAAAUCAAUUUGAUUGGUUUUGAACCAAAUAGGUAGGUUGCAUUUUCGAUUAGAAUCAUUGCCCUAAUUAGUAUAUCCAUUCAGUUAAUUAGGCCUCAGUUCUGUAUCAGAUUGUUCAAGCAUUCAUAUUUUCUUUUUGAAUUAGGAUUUUAAAUACGUUCAAUGUCUAACUCAGGGCUAGUUUUCUUCAAAAAUUUUCCCCAAAAGGUUCUAACCCAGGAGAUUAUGGCAUAUUUUAUUAAACUUUGAAACUGAGAAGUCAAAGGAUAAGAAUAUUUAAGCCAGAGAUGGUUAAAUACCUAAAUAUCAUGAAGAGAGAAUGUCUGGAUUAUGGCUCAAUUCAGCUUUUGGUGAAUAAACAUCUCAUUUCCACUGGCAUUUCUUUAUUUGUUUGGUUUGUACAUUGAUCAGUAAAAUAUAAAUCCGAACAGCUUUUUGGCCUUAAAAACUUAAUUCUUAAGAGUUUUAGGUUAAAAAAAACAGGGUUACACCCAAAAACAAAUUUGUUAGAAUUAUUUUGCAAGCAGGUAUAUCUAAAAUGCUGUCUAAUAACAAUAGGAUGAAAUGAUUCUUCACAAUAUUUUAAAGUGACUUCUAUAUGCUCUCUAAACCUAUUAAUAAAUUAUUCUUUUGAAUAAUUCUUGAAAAUAUAUAAAAGCUAAAAAUAUUUUUAAUAUGAUUAAACUAUCUUUAUUGAGAGGAAUGUUACGACCAAAAAGAAUUGGCAUCAAUACCUAUGGCUGAGGUCCCUAGACAGGAAAAUUGUGCAUCACAAUUAUCUCUACUAUUAACUAUUUCUCUGUGUGUGCUGCAUAUGUUGUACAUGUAUAUCUAGCCUUACAUAAAUGGGUGGUUGGUCCUGAUACAUUAUAGCUGAACUGAUUGUCAUCUAAAACUAUAGCUCUCAUUUUGUUACAAGGAAAAAAUGCUUGCCAUAUGUGGUAUGGAACUUAUUAGAUAGCAAACUAUUUCAAUCAUAUCAGUAAUCUAGUGUCUUAUGUGAUGUACACCAAUGUUAUUUGGUAUCUGCUGCUUCAGUGUAGGGUUCAGUUAAAAUUUGGUUCCUGGAUUCCCAUCAACUAAUUAUAAUUAUACUCUCUUCUUCCCUAAUUCAUACAUUUGAAGCUUACAGAAGCUUCCACAAAUGUAACAGGAAGGAUCUGGAUCUACAUCUGGUUCAUGUAGUACUUUCUUGCAUUGUUAUAAUGACUGGCCUACUCUGCCUGGUGGAAAUUAGAAUGUGUAGAUUGGAGAGUUAAGAGAACCUCUGUAUAGUAUUCAAUGCUUUCAGCAGGACAGCCCCACAAUAUUGGGGAUGACCUUGUCCAGCAAAGUAAAACAGGAUAGUCUGCGGUAGUUCUCUCAAGAACUGCUUACAUCUUCAUGAAUGCAGGCCAUAGUACGAAUGUUUUGGAAAACAAGGCUUCUGAUCAAAAUGGGUAUUGCUUUUAUUUUAAUGUGGGUGUAUCAUUCUAAGGUACCUAUUUGUGACUGCUGCAACAUACCCCCCACCCCCAAAUCUUUGUAUUUUGUCAUCAGAAAAUGGGUAAGGUCAAUACUUGUCUGCUUUUCCCUGCUUGCCUAUUUUGUAAUUGUAAAUUUUAGGAUUGUAAAUUGUGGGAAAGAACAUUUGAUUUGUUUUGCAGCCAUUGGACUGAGUCAGUGGUGGUGUUUCUUGUAUCUGAUUAUGCACAUGUAAACCACCAAUGUUAAAACAAUGAUUUUGUCUGUGUAGCCAAUGUGUGCUAUAU